GAGGAGCUAUGUCUGAAGACCCGACCCUCGAGCGGGCGUUCCGCGGGCACCGCGACACGGCGACUGCGGUGGCCUUUGCGCCCGACAUGUCGCAGCUGGCGUCGUCGUCGGCCGACGGGACGGUCAUGCUCUGGCAGUUCCGCCGCAACAUGCGGGCAUUCCGGUUUGUGGGCCACAAGGCUGCGGUGCUGGACGUGGACUUUGCGCCGUCGGGCCAGCUGGUGGCGUCGGCCUCGCGCGACGCGACUGUCCGGCUUUGGAUUCCCACUGUCCGCGGCUCAUCGACGGUGUUCAAGGCCCACUCCUCGUCGGUCCGCUCGGUCUCGUUCUCGGCAGACUCGCGGGCGCUGGUCACCGCUGGCGACGACAAGAUCGUCAAGCUGUGGGAUGUUGCCACCCAGCGGUUCAUGGCCUCAUUCAAGGGCCAUACCAACUGGGUCCGUUCCGCCGCUAUCUCGUCCGACUCGCGGCUGCUGGCGUCGGGCUCGGACGACAAGACUGUCAAGCUCUACGACGCCGGCUCCAAGGCUAUCACUUCCACCUUUUACGCCACGGCUCCGGUCAACACGGUUGCCUUCCACCCAGACGGCACCUGCCUGGCCACCGGCUCGUCCGACGGCGCCGUCCAGCUCUACGAUCUGCGCAUGAACAGGCUCUUCCAGCACUACUCGGCUCACUCGGACGCAGUCAACUCGGUUGCCUUCCACCCCUCCGGAAACGUGCUUCUCUCGUCGUCUGAGGAUGCGUCGCUGCGGAUGUUUGACCUCCGCGAGGGCCUCCUCCUCUUUACCCUCAACUCGCACACGUCUGCCACCUGUGGCGCCGCGUUCUCGCGCGACGGCGAGUACUUUGCCUCGGCCUCGGCCGACAAGCAGGUCCAUGUCUGGCGGACCGCGUUUGAUGCUUGGGCCGACGCUGCCGACGCCUAUCCGUCUACAGCGCCUGCUCCCGCCGCGCCUCCGGCUUCUGCCUCGCUCUUUGACGAGUCGCGUGUCGCGCCGGUCUUUGACGACGAGCCCGUCGACGUCGCGCCUGCACUCUUCGACUCGCACUCGGUCGCGGCCUCUGCUGCCGACGCCUCCUUCCGGUCCUCGCUCCCGGCUGGCGCAUCGGCCGAGCGCGCGCCGGUCGCGUCGUCGCCGCCGCCGUCGUCGGCGUCGUCGGCCUACGCCCAGGCGCCGGCUUCCCACACCGAGGCGCUCGAGGAGCAGACGUACUCGGACGAGCUCCGCCGCGACCUCUCUCAUAUUGUCCGUCAGCUCGACGUCCUCACCUCGACCAUGGGCAUCAUGGAAGAGCGCCUGACCUUUGUCGAGGACCAGGGCCGCGUCGUCCAGUCAGAGCACCGCGAGGUCAUGGACGCCCUCCGUGUCCUUGUCCAGCACCAGCAGGGACACGCCGAUCAGCACCAUCAGCAGCACCAGCAGCACCAGCAGCACCAGCAGCAGCAGUAAGAGUGGUAGCAGUAGUGGAAGUAGUACAAGCAGCAGCAACAGCUUCAGC